AUGUUCAAUACUCAUAUUCAACAAUUGAAAUUAAUUGAUUUUGGUUUCGCUGCUAAAUAUGAGAUGAAUGAAAUGAUAAAACUAUUACCAAUAAAUGGUACAAUAACAUUUGCUGGACAUCAAUUUCUAAAUUUUAUUUCGUCUUUAUCAUUUGAUUCAUUAAAAUCUCAAUGCUAUGCUUAUGAACGAACAUUUGAUUUAAAAUGUGGACUCAAUAUUAUAAUGUAUAUAAAUGAUAAUAUUGUUCAAGUGAAAAUGAAAUCAAUUCAAAAAGUAGAAUAUUUUCAAGAAAAAACGUCACAAACAUUAAAAUUAUGGAAAAAUCUUGAACAAAAUAAUAAAAAUUAUUCAAAUAUAUUAAACUUAAUAGAUAAUUUAACUCAAUCAUCAACAUUUGACAUUAUUAAAAAUGAAUUAGAAAAGUUUAUAUAUUGA